AUGGACCCCCACCGCCAGGAGCAGUGGCACCGGAGCCCCCGCGCCGUCCGCGCAGCCACGCAGCUGUGUGUGGCCGCAGCAGGGAUGGCUGGCGGAUGCCUCGUGGUCAGCAAGCCAAACAAGACAGCACGAUCUCAGAUCUCCUCUCCACCCCGCCGUCCUCUCGGGCCUCCCUCCCCUCACACCACCGUCCACACAAACAUCCCUUCCCGCUCUCGCCUCACCAUAACCGGCGCGCGCCCCGCGCCCGAGAUCAGAAUUCACGCCCUGGUUGCUUCGCUGCCCCCUACGGCUCAACUUGCUCCCUCAUGCGACGCAACUGCCCGCCCGGGAACACUUCGUCCUCCCACAUCCCCGCAGACGUCGCCCACCCGGAGCCAGCUUGCAUCCCUCACAAUUAUCCUAUCUCGCGAGGCACACAGGCUCGCACAAAAAAACCGCGAUUAA